AUGGAUCAGGGAAUCUCCUCCUCCCAUGGUCCUAUUAAAAAGCCUAAAGGGAGAUUGAUUAUAAGCUGGUCAACACCAGCUUAGACGGGGAGCCAAACAGGCCAAAGCAGCUCAUUCAAAUUUGAAAUAUAGAAGCUGUAAUGACGAUAAAAUCGACCGUUGGGGGGCACGUUGAGUUCGUGUUUGCUUCUUCUCUUUCUCAAUUAGAAAACAAGUCCCCACUGAGAAAGAAGAAGAAGUAGAAGAUGAUGAUGAUGAUGACGAGACGCCAUGGCUGGCAACGGCCCCUUCACCCAUUACAGAUAGUGGGAAUGGCAAUUUAUGGUGCGUUGGUUGUGGCUUUUUAUUGGUUCCUAGGGCUUUUCCUUGGAAACAGAAUUGCGGAAAUCGUUGUCACUACAAUAUUCUCCAUUGUGGCAUUUUCGGGGAUGUUUCUGUUUAUGCGGUGUGCAGCAAUUGACCCAUCUGACAAAACCCGUUUUAGAAAGAAGAGGAGGAGGAGAUCUAAAUCAAAUGGGUUUCUAAAGCUUAACUACGGCUUCGUCUUGGGUCAGAUUGUUAGAAGGUUUUUCAGAAGAUUGGAGCGCGAGAUCCUUAGGGCUUUCAUAAGAAGGAAAUACUUGGAUUCUGGGCUGACCAGUGGCCAAGUGGAGUCGACCUGGCUUCCGCUCCCCUUCCCUCUCGUCAUGAAAGAUGAUGAUGCAAUUGCACCUUAUCCAUAUCCCAAAGAGGACGACGUCUCCUUUUGCUCGCUUUGUGAUUUUGAGGUUAAAAAGCACAGCAAGCACUGUAGGACAUGCAAUAGAUGCGUUGAAGGUUUUGAUCACCACUGCAGGUGGUUGAACAACUGUGUUGGGAAAAAGAAUUACACAACCUUCAUUCUUCUAAUGAUUUUUGUCUUGUUAAUGCUUAUAAUAGAAGGGGGAACUGCUAUUGCCAUAUUUAUUAGAUGCUUUGUAGACAAAAGGGGAAUUGAGAGAGAGCUGGAAAGGAAACUUUCUACAAGGUUCCCAAGAGGAGUCCUUGCAACAAUAUCUGUCGUGUUAGUUUUAAUAGCAGCAUACAGUUCAGUAGCUUUGGGGCAACUUUUCCUGUUUCAUGUGGUUCUAAUCCGGAAGGGGAUGAGAACUUAUGACUAUAUAUUAGCAAUGAGAGAGGAGAAUCAGUCUAUGGAACAAGAAUCAUUUGAAGAUUUGGAUUUCUCUUCAGAUGAGAGCAUCGACUUUGAUUCUCCCGAAAAGCCAACAUUUGUUUCUCGGUUGAUAUGCAAAGAACAAAGUAAAGAUCAGAACCAACCAAGAUUGUCCAUAAGAAUUGAUCGAGAACCCAAGCCUCCCACCACAUCUAAGAAGCAAGGUUUCCAUGCAGCCAUUGACCCCUGGAAACUCAUAAAAAUGAGUAGGGAGAAAGCAUUAUUAGCGGUCGAGAAGGCAAGAGAAAGGUUUAUCAAACAUGAGCCUGUAGUAGGACACAGUUCAGUGAAGCCACUUCCAUUGGAGACAAAAAGUGGGCCAUUAUCGAUCCCAAACAGAAGUUUGGCAAUUGUAGGGUCUGGUUUGACACCUCUUAUCUCAAAAGGAGCCCGCCUUCCAGUUUCACCUGGUUGGUUCUCUAGCCCAAGACGGCGAUUUUCCAGUUCACCGACUAUGUUACCUGGUUCUGCAAGGGCGCCAAAGACCAAGUAUAAAAGCAAUUUUGAUUUGAAGUUAACAGAGGUGUCUAGGGAGCUCGAGACGUAUAUUUCAAGGCAGAUUGUAUGCUCUGCCUUGAAAAAGGGAAGUGAAGCAUCCCCAAGAUAAAGCUUUACAUUUAUGACUUCUAAAGUCUCAGCCUUUGAGAAAAAGUGUUUUCCAACUUUUAUCUC